AAAUUUUACAUAGUAUUUGAAUUUUGUUUUAUCUACUGUAUAAAGAGUACCUUAAAGUUAUGUUCUUUUUGUUCAGAUUAAAGGACUCCAGCUUUCUUUUUGUUAUUUUGUAUCUUCACCUUUCUCUUUUUACCACAUUACUUUCUAGGACUCUGUAGUCUGUACUGCUUUGAUGCAUGUCUAUGUAGUUGAGAUUAAGUAAAGUUUAGUACUUGUAAUCAUGUGUCUUUACCGGUAAUUAAGGAUUUUUCUUCAACCUUCAUGCAUGUUAAUUUAAGUUAAUAUUUUUUUUUAGUUUUAUCAACUCAUAUUUUAAAGUCUUUAGAUCUUUACACGAGGUAGUUUAGCACAUGGUUCCAGAAAAGUAUUGACCUGUUUGUAUAUCUGAAUCUUACUCAAAUUUAAUAGAGUUCUUUAUUUUAAUUACUCAGUUCCAAAGUGAAGAUCUUCCCUAGUUUUGUUAGCUAAAGUUAAGUAAACAUUGUUUUGGACUUCUCCAUAUUGUUGGCCAUUAUUCUCUAUUGAAUUUUUCAGAAGAAUUAUUUGUCAAAAUUUUAAGCUAAAUCUGCAAACCUUGAAAUUUCAGUGAAGGGCUAAUACAAGCAAUUUGAGAUUCUUGUGAUUUACAUCCUUUUUCCAACAACUUUGCUAUGAACAACCUUAAGCUUGGAGUUGAUGUAGCUAGUGCCCACAACCUUCUGCCAAAAGAUGGGCAAGGCUCAUCCAAUGCCUAUGUGGAACUCUACUUUGAUGGCCAAAGGCACCGCACAACCAUCAAAGAGAAAGACCUGAGCCCAGUCUGGGAUGAAAGCUUCUACUUUAACAUCUCCGAUCCAUCCAACCUUCACAAUCUAACUCUUGAAGCAUACAUUUACAAUAAUAUCAAAAUCGCCCAAUCAAAUUCUUUUCUUGGAAAGGUUUCCAUCAACGGGACAUCCUUUGUUCCCCACUCUGAUGCUGUAGUCCUGCACUAUCCUUUGGAAAAGCGUGGAAUUUUCUCACGUGUGAGAGGAGAACUCGGUCUGAGGGUUUAUAUUACUGAUGAUGCAUCCUUGAAGGCCUCUAAAUCACAACAUGCAGCUGAAGAGACUGAAAUGCAUUCCCACGCAGCUGAAGCUCAAGUAUCUAGGGCAUUUUCUAAUAUCAAAUCUGAAUCGAGGCACAGUUUCCAUCAUCUUCCAAAUCCUAGUCAUCACAUGCAGCAGCAGCAUUCCCCUUCUAUGUCAGUUUAUGAAUCAACAAAAUAUGGGGUUGAUAAUAUGAAAGCUGAACCACAACCCCCAAAACUUGUCCGCAUGUAUUCUGCUGCAUCAGUGCAACCAGUUGACUAUGCACUUAAAGAGACGAGCCCAUUUCUUGGAGGAGGACGAGUUGUAGGGGGGCGAAUACUUCAUACAGACAAGGCUGCUUGUACUUAUGAUCUUGUAGAAAAAAUGCACUUUCUUUUUGUACGUGUUGUUAAGGCUCGUGAACUUCCUGCCAUGGAUAUUACUGGAAGUCUUGAUCCUUUUGUUGAGGUGAGAAUAGGUAAUUACAGAGGAGUCACAAAGCAUAUGGAGAAACAGCAGAACCCAAUGUGGAAUGUUGUUUUUGCAUUCUCAAGGGAGCGAAUGCAGGCAUCGGUCCUGGAAGUUGUAGUUAAAGACAAAGAUCUGCUGAAAGAUGACUUUGUUGGCCUUGUAAGGUUUGACCUGAAUGAAGUUCCUAUGCGUGUUCCACCUGAUAGUCCACUGGCUCCUGAAUGGUACCGACUCCAGGAUAAGAAAGGAGAGAAAAUUAAGAGUGAACUGAUGCUUGCAGUGUGGAUUGGUACCCAAGCAGAUGAAGCUUUUCCUGAUGCUUGGCACUCUGAUGCAGCAACGCCUAUUGACAGCUCCGGAGCUGCCUCAACACUAAUUCGGUCAAAGGUCUAUCAUGCACCGCGAUUAUGGUAUGUUCGUGUGAAUGUUGUUGAGGCCCAAGACUUGGUUCCAACAGAGAGAACUCGCUUCCCUGACGUAUAUGUAAAGGCACAUAUAGGGAGCCAGGUUUUCAAAACAAAGACAGUUCAAGCAAGGUCUCUGAAUCCUCUUUGGAAUGAGGAUCUCAUAUUUGUUGCCGCAGAACCAUUUGAAGAUCAUUUGGUCCUUACUGUUGAGGAUCGUGUGGGUCCUGGAAAAGAUGAGAUUCUGGGGAGGGUAAUCAUCCCCUUAAGCAUGGUGGAGAAGCGUGCUGAUGAUCGUCUCAUCCAUUCUCGUUGGUUUAAUUUGGAGAAACCUGUCGCUAUAGACGUGGAUCAGCUAAAAAGAGAGAAGUUCUCUAGCAGGCUCCAUCUUCGAGUCUGUCUAGAUGGUGGUUACCAUGUUCUUGAUGAAUCUACACAUUACAGCAGUGAUCUUCGUCCGACAGCAAAACAACUUUGGAAGCCAUCUAUUGGGGUUCUGGAACUUGGUAUUCUCAAUGCAGUUGGACUCCACCCUAUGAAAACAAGAGAUGGCAGGGGCACAUCAGACACAUAUUGUGUAGCCAAGUAUGGUCAUAAAUGGGUUAGGACGCGCACAAUUGUUGAUAAUUUGUGUCCAAAAUACAAUGAGCAGUACACUUGGGAGGUGUUUGAUACUGCUACAGUUCUAACUAUAGGUGUUUUUGACAAUAGCCAGCUAGGGGAAAAAGGGGGCAAGGACCUGCAAAUUGGAAAGGUACGAAUUCGCCUUUCUACACUUGAAGCUGGCCGCGUUUACACACACUCUUAUCCUCUACUUGUUCUUCACCCUACUGGUGUCAAGAAGAUGGGGGAGGUGCAUUUGGCAAUAAGGUUUUCAUGCACUUCUUUUGUAAACAUGAUGUACAUAUACUCUAAACCUCUGUUGCCGAAAAUGCACUAUGCUAGGCCAUUUAGCGUAAUGCAGCUUGACAUGCUGCGUCACCAGGCUGUGAACAUAGUUGCAGCGCGCCUGGGACGUGCAGAGCCCCCUCUUAGGAAGGAGGUCGUGGAGUAUAUGUCUGAUGUGGACUCACAUUUGUGGAGCAUGCGCCGCAGCAAGGCCAAUUUCUUCCGUCUCAUGUCAAUUUUUUCGGGAUUAUUUGCUGUUGGAAAAUGGUUUGGGGAUAUAUGCAUGUGGAAAAACCCCAUCACAACAGUGCUUGUCCAUGUCCUAUAUGUUAUGCUUGUUUGCUUCCCAGAACUAAUUUUGCCUACUUGUUUCCUUUACAUGUUUCUGAUUGGAAUCUGGAACUUUCGAUACCGGGCAAGAUACCCUCCUCACAUGAACACAAAGAUCUCACAGGCAGAGGCAGUGCACCCUGAUGAACUUGAUGAAGAAUUCGACACAUUCCCCACAAGUCGUAACCCUGAGAUUGUCAGAAUGAGGUAUGAUCGCCUGAGGAGUGUAGCUGGUAGAAUUCAAACAGUGGUAGGUGAUAUUGCUACACAGGGUGAGCGUGUUCAAUCAUUGUUAAGCUGGAGGGACCCUCGCGCUACCUCCAUCUAUGUCACAUUCUGCGUAGUAGCUGCUAUAGUGCUGUAUGUGACACCAUUCCAGGUGAUUGCUGCAUUGGCAGGGGUAUACAUGAUGAGGCAUCCCAGAUUCCGCUAUCGUCUGCCUUCUGUGCCUGUCAAUUUCUUCCGUCGACUUCCUGCAAGGACUGAUAGUAUGCUCUAACUUAACAAGAAAUUGUUGCAGGCUCCAAGCAUGCCAGUUAUUGCAACUCAAGUCACGGUAAUUAGUCUGUUACCCUGUUCGAUUAUCAAAUGUUCCAUGUAUUCUUUCUCCAUUGUGCUGAAGAUUUUGUCUAAUAAUAUAUAUCCAGUGUUCUUUUUCUAGACAGUAGCCGGAAUCUUUGCUGUUUAGCAGCAGAAGAACAUUUAAUUACUAGAAUGUAAAACUUGUUGAACAGACGACCUCUUGGUCAGAUAGUA